UGGCCGACGCCGACAGGUGGACCAAGACUUAAACAGGGUUGAAGCAGCAAUAUGUAUUCGCUCUCAGCGCUAGUCACCGUCACGUCAACUCCCUUUCUCUGACAUUCUCAGUCUUUCAAAGUCGUCUAUCUUCUGUUGACAUCAUGCACAGGACAAAGGGGACAACAACGACAACAUCUCUGAGUGAUGAUGAAAUCACUUUGCUUAGAAUUAGCCACUCUCUACUGACAGAAAAAAUCAAAUGCAAAAUAUGCAACAACAGUAUGAAAAAAGUAGCUGGCAUACAAUGUGGACACGUCUUUUGCCGCCCAUGCAUUGUGAAACAACUUCAGAAAAGCUCACUAUGCCCUUUAUGUAAUAGUGAAGUGGACAAAAAUAUCACUAUAGUCAACAAAUCGUUGACUGUGUAUUAUGAGAAUCUCCAGGACAUCAUCAAGCAGUGUGAAAGACUAUUACCUAGACAGACGCCAGUAGCUACUAAAAAGCGAGGAAACGAAGCUAUGUCAGUCUCGGAGACUCCUCCAACAACUGCACGUCGCUCUAAAAGAAGUAUGGCUUGCAAAACUCCCGCGGGAGAACACAGUGAUGCUGACCUGAGCAAACAACGAAAGAAUGAAAUUUCAGCAACCACAGUUACUAAACAUUUUGACAUGGAAAAGAUAUCAAACCGGAAGGAAAGCAAAGCUGAGCUUGAAGAGCUCAAGUCGCCUCUUAGGAUGCCAUCUCAGUUUCCAAACGAAUCAUCUGUGGUAUCUCAAUACAGCAUAAUUCCUGAGGACAAAGUAAGGUAUUGGUUGGAUGAAGCAAAGACAAGUGCAGUUCCAACUCAAGAUAAACCCAUUGACACCCCAAUAACUCAAUCGACUUUGGUGUCUGUUUCUCAAACUCGAGCUAAGCAUCAACAACAGCAGCAAACUUUUAAAACACCUCCAGUGCCACAAAGAACUACUGAAGAACCUCCUGCACCUGCUGAAUCAGAAGAAACGCAAGCAGAUUCAAUUAUUGUUAGCAAUGCCACUAGAAGAAACUAUGCUGCAGAAGCCAUCAAGGAGGACAGUAUUCUCAACUUGGACAUUUCCAUUGAAGAAUGUCCAGGGCUGUUCAAAUCGCAAUCCGAUGAAUAUCAGAAUAAGCGCGAAGAGAAGAGGUUGAAGGAUAUUGAGAAAUGUGACAACUUGGAGAAACCCAAAUUGAGAGGGCUUGGUUUGAGGAAGAAGAAAGUUUUGCCGAUCAAGUACGAUGAUGAAGAUGACUCUGAGCCCAAAUCCAACACUCCCAUCAAAGAAACUAGAAGCCGUAACUCUAUGUCGGAUGUUUCCAUUGAAGACUUCAUUGAAGAUGGAGUAAAGGAGAAACCUAUUCGUCGCUAUUCCAACAAAAAGUUAAACCCUCCAGUUAAAGUGCAAACUGAUAUUGACGUUGCGACACAGCAAGAAGUUUCCCCAAUGAAGCCAGGAGUAUUGAACAAAGAAUUGCCUGCACUGCCUGUAAAAUCAUCUAGCAUUGUUGAGGUUGCUUCGCCAGAGCACUCACCCUUGAAGAAAAAGAAAACUCCAUCACCAGGCUUCUCAAGGUAUCAAAAGAUGAAGUCAGAUUUCAUGGAGAAGAGGAAAAUUCUGCCACUCGACAUUAGUACAGGUUCAACUCGAAACGCGCCGGCAGCCAAGAAGAGUGUUUCUCCAAAGAGUAGUGAGAUGGUGAUUGAUUCAGCAAGUGAGAGAACAGUCGCACAAAUGACAGUAAAUCAACCACUAGCUGAACCUGCAGCCAAGGAGACAAACCAUGUUGAAAACCACCACAGUCCAAAUUUGAUUGAAAACUCAUUGCCUAUUGAGGGUUUGCCUGAAGAACUACAAGGCUCUUAUUCAGGAAAUGCCGCUGCUCCAAAAAAAGCAGAACGCAACAAACCUAGAGCUAGCAAAAAAUUGCUUCCUGCACUUUCCAUUCCUCCCACCCAAGAGAGCAUUCAAUCCUCAGCAAGCGCCACUAGUGUUCGUAAAAGAAAAACCUUCUCUCUUGAGUCAAAUACUGCUGAUAUCGUGGGUAACAGUCCCCCUGGCCAAAAGACGUUGCAGACAUUUGCCGCUAAAUGUAAAACUCCUGAGAAGAACGCCACUCUCAAGAACAGAAUUCAGUUCUUUAGACAAGGCAAGCUACACAGCGCUCGCAAGAUGUACUCUGUUCAAUUUUUUAAACUCGGAUAUUUGAGCCCCAUUACUGUGAAACGGAACAUCAAAUUUGUCCGUAAGCAAUUUCGAGAUGCAGCGGUUCAGACUAGCCCAAGACAUGCUUCACAAAUGGAUACGACUCUUGCUGAAAAGUCAAAGCUAUCUUCCUGGGACCAGUCUGCCAAGUUGCCGAACCCUAACAAAACAACUUUAUCAGAAACUGUAGAAGCAGAGAAGCGAGUGGAUGAUUCAUCUGAUGAAAUGGAUCUUGUUGAGAAGAGCCAAGAGAUGAUCGAAAAUGACAUAUUUUUGCCUCAGUUGACAAAGGCUAAAGAUUACGUGCUGGAACCUUGCCAGAUUGACUCAAACGACAUUAUUCCUGCCAGCAUGCCCACUGUUACUCAAAGCUUGAAAAGGCUAAUCGAUUCCAGCUCCUUGUCAUUGUCAGCUUCAACAGGAAGCGUUGAAACGCUGCUAUCACUGAAUGAGUCUGAAUUCGAUCUGCAACAAGACCGGUCAGAGAAGCCAACGAAAAGGAGGAAACUGGCAAGCAGAUUUUCUCAAGAAAAUACACAGAACAGUGCUGAUGUAAAAAGGAUGCUUCAAAAGACAGCUCCCAAUCCAGUUGUUGACGUUGUAAAGGGCGAUGGGAAAGAAUUGCAGUGGAGGGACAGCAGCCAGGAUGCAGCCGUGAGGGCGGUUGUAAUGGAAGAUCUAAAAUAUGCAAGAGAAAAGGCAACCCAAGCCCAUUCCUUGGGGACAACUUGCAUCAUUGAAUCAACUCCCAAUGACAAAAACGUGGGUGAUUUAAAAGCUGGAAAUAUAAACAGUCAGGAUGCGCAACCUGGAAAAGCUCUGAAUGCUAGCAGAAUCUCAGCUAAGGGUAAUAACAUCAGUCCAUUUCUCGAGGAAUCUGAUUCGCUCACGGAGAAUGAAAUUGAGCACCAAAAUUCAACAGCUCUGAAUAACUCAAAUGAAAGUUUCAUCAAAUUAUCAGCUAAUGAAGGAAAAUUGGUUUGCAAGGAGUCUGUGAAUGAAGUUGAGGAGGAAGAGCUGGAAGUCAUCGAAGGAACGCCCAAAGCAAAAAGGUCAGAAGCAGUUGCAAAACUGGAUCCUGCGGUGUCUUUCAUUUUUACCAGUUUGGCUAAAGGUCAAGUUGCGCAAAUUCAGAAAUUCUGCCAGACAUUCAAGAGCUCCUCAGUCAACACUUCCAUGAACCAAACAGUUACACAUCUGGUGGUGCCUCAUUCUGAAGACAUGAACACAGUCAGCACUUUGAAAUUUUAUCUUGCCGUGGCUAAAGGACUUUGGGUUGUUUCUAUUCACUGGGUUUCAGAUUGCAUCUCUUCAGGGCGAAUAAUCCCAGAGGAGCCAUACGAAAUGAAAAACAUGCAUGGGUUUGAUGGGCCCCGCAAAUCUCGCCUGAGCAAGGGGAAUAUUUUUCAUGAUUUUGAGAUGUUUUGUUUGGAUGGAAUUUACACUGGAGUAAGCAGAGAGCAGAUCAAGGACAUUAUUCGCUGUGGAGGCGGGCUGGCCCUGAAAAGCAUCAGGGAGCCUCAGAAAAAGAAGUACCGUUUAGUUAUUUGCGCAUCAGAAAAUGUGGACGAAGGAGCUAUGGAGGACAGCAACUGCGUAGUGCUCAUGAUGGACUGGGUCUUGGAAUCUGUUGAGAACUACCGCCUGGCUAGCGCCUUCAACUAUCUGCCCAUUGGUGUGUCUGUGACCCAAGUUUCACAGUCUCAUUUUGAUUUGCCUGCUGAUAUGCUCCGCUUUGAGGCUAGUGAUGAAUCUAUGUAAUGAAGCAGUAUUGUAUUAUCAAGAUGAUCGUAUAUUUUUCAUUAAAUGUGCUUUUUAAAUUUAA